UGCACCUGAAGGUUAAAUAGGGGUUAAUAAAAUGGUUUCCGACAGUUUAACGGAAACGCCCUCGACUGCUUGAUAACGUCAUAUCCUGAAGAUUUUGUUACUUCAUCGCAAUAUUAUUUCUUGCGUUAAUGAUGAUAAAACGCUGUACUAUUCAGGAGGCUACAUCUGGUGAUGUCUUCCACGGAGCCCGUGCUCCUAUCGCGCUUACUUUCAGCACCUCGGACAGCGCGAGACGCGGCCGGUAUUUGUAGUCCUUCGUCCUGCGCGCGCGCUUCUCAUUCUCACCGGCUCAGACCACGGUAACGACUCCAGCAUCCACGAGGCUGCGCGCGGUGCGACGCGUCAUCCUGACAGGGAACGUGGCCGCGAGGCGUCGUAGUAACCAAGAGCACUCGGUAACUCCAAACCGCAGCCCGUAUUCCCGAACACGGCUACGCCAAGGCUCGUGCGUAACGCAGAGUUCAAUCACUAGCCGCUGCGCUGAGGUCGCUUUUUUUUUUUUUAGAAGAAGAAGAAGAAGGGAUUACCCACAGAAAACAGCUCGGGUUUUGUGUCAGAUCGGCUCGUGAAUGAUAUUUAAAGACGUUUCUGAUUUAUUUUUGCCGGACGGUUCGGGUCGGAGCGCGCGGAGAUGCAGGACGGUGGAAGGAAAAAACGAGCAUCUGGUCGGGGAGCGGCGAUCCGGAAGCUGUGCAUUAAUCGUGCUGUAGAUCUGAUGUGAAUUUGUAGGUGAAUAAUUGAAUCUCACUGUCUGAUCACGUCUGAUCUCAAUCUCUCGGCUGUUACACUUCGUGCUGAGUUCGGGAUCAAUCCCGACAUUUAAUCCCACGCGCCACCGAGACGUUUUUCCUUCCUAACGUGCAUAUUACCACUAGAUUUCGACUGUUUCUGAUUUGAGGCUUUAUUUCUAAUCUCAGUCUGUUUAUACACAAAGCGCUCGUUUUUAUUCUGCUGUGAUUUCUGAAACCAAAAAUAUCCAAGACGCCGCUCCUCCAUAGACUACACGCCCCCUACAUUUUAUAUUCCAGGUAUACACACACACACACACACACACACAUUUUGUGUGUGUAUAUAUAUAUAUAUAUAUAGAUAGAUAGAUAGAUAUAAAACCCGAGAUUGGACACCCUUCUAGGUAUUAAGGAGAAUAGGGAGUUGUACCUGUACUCCGAUGCUGCCCGUGUGAGCCAGACGGUGGCGCUGAAAAGAGCGCGAGCAUGGCUGAUAAGACUGCACCACGCUGCCAGCUCCGGCUCGAGUGGGUUCACGGUUACCGGGGCCACCAGUGCCGCAACAACCUCUACUACACGGCGGGGAAGGAGAUCGUGUACUUCGUGGCUGGGGUUGGCGUGGUGUACAACACCAGGGAGCACACGCAGAAGUUUUACCUGGGACACAAUGAUGACAUCAUUAGUCUUGCUCUGCACCCUGAUAAGAUCCAGGUGGCCACGGGUCAGGUCGGAAAAGAUCCGUACAUCUGUGUGUGGGAUUCGUACACGUUGACCACUGUAUCCAUCCUGAGAGAUGUGCACACACACGGUGUGGCCUGUUUGGCUUUUGACGCUGAUGGACAGCGAUUGGUGUCUGUUGGCCUCGAUGCCAAAAACACAGUGUGUGUAUGGGACUGGAAAAAAGGGCGUGUCCUGGCCACUGCCACGGGUCAUUCUGAUAGGAUCUUUGAUAUUUCAUGGGAUCCUUUCCUGGCACACAGGCUGGUGAGCUGCGGCGUGAAGCACAUUAAAUUCUGGACAUUAUGUGGCAACGCACUGACACCAAAAAGGGGGAUCUUUGGGAAGACGGGAGACCUGCAGACUAUACUGUGUUUGGCGACGGCGAAGGAUGAGGUGACAUACUCGGGCGCGUUGAACGGAGACAUCUACGUGUGGAAGGGACUAAACCUGGUGCGGACCGUGCAGGCGGCUCAUGGGGCUGGGAUCUUCAGCAUGCACUCGUGUGAGGAAGGUUUUGCCACCGGGGGACGCGACGGCUGCGUGAGACUCUGGGACGUGGACUUUAAACCCAUCACUAAGAUUGACCUCAGGGAGGCUGAGCAAGGAUAUAAGGGUCUGUCUAUCCGGAGCGUAUGCUGGAAGGCUGACCGUAUCCUAGCCGGUACGCAGGACAGUGAGAUUUUUGAGGUGAUGGUGCGAGACAGGGAUAAACCUCUUCUGGUCAUGCAGGGUCACUCUGAGGGCGAGCUCUGGGCUCUGGAUCUUCAUCCCAAACAGCCGAUCGCAGUGACCGGCAGCGACGAUCGAUCCGUCCGGCUCUGGAGCCUGGCUGAUCACACCCUCAUCGCUCGGUGUAACAUGGAGGAAGCUGUUCGCAGCGUGUGCUUCAACAACGACGGCUCUCAGCUCGCGCUUGGCAUGAAGGACGGCUCGUUCACCGUGCUGAGAGUCAGGGACAUGACAGAAGUGGUCCACAUCAAGGACAGGAAGGAGGUGAUUCACGAGCUGAAGUUCUCUCCGGAUGGCUCCUACCUGGCUGUGGGGUCUAACGACGGCCUGGUGGACAUCUACGCCGUCGCACAGCGCUAUAAAAAAGUGGGCGAGUGCAACAAAUCCUCUUGCUUCAUCACCCAUCUGGACUGGUCUGUAGACAGCCGCUUCCUGCAGACCAACGACGGUGGAGGGGAGCGAUUGUUCUACAGGAUGCCAGCCGGAAAAUUCCUUCCUAAAGAAGAGGCCAAAGGGAUUCACUGGAUGACCUGGACCAGUGUCUUAGGGCCAGAGGUCAAUGGGAUCUGGCCCAAGUACUCCAACGUUAACGAUAUCAACUCCGUUGAUGCCAACUACAGCAACGCCGUGCUGGCGACCGGCGACGACUUCGGCCUUGUCAAGCUCUUCCGAUUCCCGUGUCUUAAAAAAGCCGCCAAAUUUAAGAAGUACAUCGGUCAUUCCGCCCAUGUCACCAACGUGCGCUGGUCACACGACCUGCAAUGGGUGGUGAGCACGGGCGGAGCCGACCACUCCGUGUUCCAGUGGAGGUUUCUGCCCGAGGGUGUGAUGAACGGCGUGCUGGAGCCACUUCUACAAGAGGGCUACGCUGACUCCAACAGCGGUGACUCGGACUCGGACCUCUCUGAUGUUCCCGAGCUGGACUCGGACAUCGAACAGGAAGCUCAGAUGAACUAUGAGCGUCAGGUGUAUAAGGAGGAUCUGCCUCAGCUCAAGAAGAAACUGGUGGGCUCUCUGAAAAGGCAGAAAGCUCCGGAUGAAGGGCUACGGCUGCAGUUUGUCCAUGGGUACAGGGGCUGCGACUGCAGGAAUAAUCUUUUCUACACGCAGGCCGGGGAGGUGGUGUAUCACGUAGCCGCUGUAGCCGUGGUCUAUAACAGACAGCAGCACAGCCAGCGCUUUUACCUCGGUCAUGACGACGACAUCCUCAGUAUCACCGCACAUCCACUGAAGGAUUAUGUAGCCACAGGGCAGGUGGGCCGAGACCCAGCCAUCCAUGUUUGGGAUGUUCAGACGCUGAAGUGUUUGUCCUUGUUGAGAGGGCAGCACCAGAGAGGAGUGUGUGCUCUGGAGUUCACAGCGGAUGGAAAGAGCCUGGUGUCUGUCGGCAUCGAUGAAGGUCACUGUAUAGUGAUAUGGGACUGGAAGAAGGGCGAGAAACUUGCCAAGGGAAAGGGACAUAAAGACAAGAUCUUUGUAGUGAAAGGCAACCCGUUCCGUAUGGACAAGCUGGUUACAGUUGGCGUGAAGCAUAUAAAGUUCUGGCAGCACACAGGUGGUGGACUGACAUUUAGGAGAGGUAUAUUUGGCAACCUGGGCAAGCAGGAGACCAUGAUGUCGGCGUGCUACGGGCGCUCCGAGGACCUGGUGUUUUCAGGGGCCACCACGGGCGACGUUUACAUCUGGAAAGACACGACACUGAUCAAAACUCUGAAAGCUCAUGACGGCCCUGUGUUCGCCAUGUGCUCGCUGGACAAGGGGUUUGUAACAGGAGGGAAGGACGGGAUCGUGGAGCUUUGGGAUGAUAUGUUCGAGAGGUGUUUGAAGACCUACGCCAUCAAGAGGGCCGCGCUCUCGCCGUCAUCUAAAGGCCUGCUGCUAGAGGAUAACCCCUCAAUCCGAGCCAUCACUCUGGGUCACGGUCACAUCCUGGUGGGCACCAAGAACGGAGAGAUCCUGGAGAUCGACAAGAGCGGCCCUAUGACUCUACUGGUUCAGGGCCAUAUGGAGGGUGAGGUAUGGGGUCUCGCUGCUCACCCCUUGCUGCCUAUAUGUGCCACUGUGAGUGAAGACAAAACACUGCGCAUCUGGGAGCUUUCUGCUAACCAUCGAAUGGUGGCAGUCCGCAAACUCAAAAAAGGUGGUAGAUGCUGUGCCUUCUCCCCCGAUGGGAAAGCCUUAGCAGUGGGUCUGAAUGACGGCAGCUUCCUGGUAGUGAAUGCGGACACUCUGGAGGACAUGGUGACUUUUCACCACAGGAAGGAGAUCAUUUCUGACCUCAAGUUCUCUCAAGAUGCUGGAAAGUACCUAGCUGUGGCCUCCCAUGAUUCAUUUGUGGACAUCUACAAUGUACUGACCAGUAAACGAGUUGGUAUCUGUAAAGGAGCGACCAGCUACAUCACCCACAUCGACUGGGACACUCGUGGUAAAUUGCUGCAAGUAAACACUGGUGCCAAAGAGCAGUUAUUUUUUGAAGCUCCUCGUGGACGGAGACAGAACAUCUCCACUGCUGAGUUUGAGAAGGUGGAAUGGGCCACGUGGACAUCUGUUCUAGGCGCCACGUGUGAUGGAAUCUGGCCUACACUUAGCUUUGUCAACGCUUCUUCACUAACCAAAGACAGGAAGUUGCUGGCGACGGGAGACGACUUCGGCUUCAUCAAACUGUUCAGCUUUCCCUGUAAGGGUCAGUUUGCCAAGUUUAAAAAGUACGUAGGGCACAGUGCCAACGUGACGAAUGUCCGGUGGUCAAACGAUGACACUACGCUGUUGUCAGUGGGCGGGGCUGACACGGCGCUGAUGAUCUGGGCAAGAGAGGGGAUUGGACCACGUGAGAGCAAAGCUGUCGACAGCGAGGAAUCCGAUGACGACGCAGAGGAAGACGGAGGAUAUGACAGCGACGUGGCCCGAGAAAAGAACAUGGACUACACCACGAAAAUCUACGCCAUCAGCAUCAGAGAGAUGACGGGUGUUAAGCCACACCAACAGCAAAAGGAGAUUCUAGUGGAUGAGAGGCCGCCAGUAAGCAGAGCAGCGCCGCUACCAGAGAAACUACAAAAGAAUAACAUCACCAAGAAGAAGAAAGUAGUGGAGGAGCUGGCGCUCGACCAUGUUUUUGGAUACCGAGGCUUUGACUGUCGUAACAAUCUGCACUACCUCAACGACGGAGCUGACAUCGUCUUUCACACAGCUGCUGCAGCUGUGAUCCAGAACCUUUCUGCUGGCACGCAGAGUUUUUACCUCGAGCACACAGAUGAUAUCCUGUGCCUCACUGUCAAUCAACACCCCAAAUAUCAAAACGUCAUUGCCACGGGCCAGAUCGGCCUAGCCCCCUCCAUCCACGUGUGGGAUGCGAUGAGUAAACAGACCCUAUCAGUGCUCCGCUGCUCUCAUGCUAAAGGAGUCGGCUAUGUCAACUUCAGUGCCACGGGCAAGCUGCUGUUGUCUCUAGGAGUGGAUCCAGAGCACACCAUCACUGUGUGGCGUUGGCAGGAAGGUACUAAAGUGAGCAGUAAGGCCGGACACUCGGACCGCAUCUUCGUGGUGGAGUUCAGGCCAGAUUCGGACACGCAAUUUGUGUCUGUCGGGAUCAAACACAUCAAGUUCUGGACGCUGGUGGGAGGCUCGCUGCUGUAUAAGAAGGGUGUGAUUGGAGUAGUGGAGGAGGGCAGGAUGCAGACGAUGCUGUCCGUGGCUUUCGGUGCUAAUAACCUGACCUUUACUGGCGCCAUCAACGGCGACGUGUAUGUCUGGAGGGAUCACUUCCUGGUGCGUGUAGUGGCCAAAGCUCACACUGGACCCGUCUUCACCAUGUACACAACCCUCAGAGAUGGACUUAUAGUCACCGGGGGCAAGGAGAGACCGACUAAAGAGGGCGGAGCGGUGAAGCUGUGGGAUCAGGAGAUGAAGAGAUGUCGGGCAUUUCAACUGGAAACGGGUCUCCCUGUCGAAAGCGUCAGAUCCGUUUGCAGAGGAAAGGGGAAAAUCUUGGUAGGAACAAAGGAUGGAGAGAUCAUAGAGGUGGGAGAGAAGAACGCCGCGUCCAACACACUGAUAAACGGACACACACAGGGGCGCAUCUGGGGUCUGGCCACACACCCCUGCAAAGAUCUCUUCAUCUCAGCCAGCGAUGACGGAACCAUCCGCAUCUGGGAUUUAGCAGACAAGAAACUUCUGAACAAGGUGAGCCUGGGUCACCCGGCCAAGUGCACAGCGUUCAGUCCUAACGGGGAGAUGGUGUCCAUCGGCAUGGAGAACGGCGAGUUCAUCGUCCUGCUCGUCAACGCGCUCACUGUGUGGGGCAAGAAAAGAGACCGCAGUGUGGCCAUACAGGAUAUACGAUUCAGUCCUGAUAACCGGCUCUUGGCUGUGGGCUCUGUGGAGAGCGCUGUAGAUUUCUACGACCUGACGCUCGGCCCCGCCCUCAACCGCAUCGGCUACUGCAAAGACAUCCCCGGCUUCGUCAUCCAGCUCGACUUCUCCGCCGACAGCAAGUUCAUAGCGGUUUCUACAGGAAGUUAUAAGCGUCAGGUGCAUGAGGUCCCGAGUGGGAAGAUAGUGACCGAGCAGGCCAUUGCUGACAGAAUCACCUGGGCCACCUGGACCAGUGUUCUCGGUGAUGAGGUGUUGGGUGUUUGGCCACGAAACGCUGACAAGGCCGAUGUGAACUGUGCCAGUGUGUCUCAUGCUGGACUCAACGUGGUCACCGGAGACGACUUCGGCCUCGUCAAGCUCUUUGACUUCCCCUGCUCCGAGAAAUUUGCCAAACACAAACGCUACUUUGGCCACUCGGCUCACGUGACCAACAUUCGCUUCUCCUACGACGACAAAUACGUGAUAAGCGUCGGAGGCAACGACUGCAGUGUGUUUGUAUGGCGAUGCCUGUGAUGAGAUCUGACCAACAGCAG